UCACGGUGUCCUUGCCGCCCACUUCCGCCCCGUUUGAUAAGCAGUUACACUCUUCGUUUGUUGAUGUCACUUUGAACACCGACAUUGACCUGAAUUCACAGGUAGUGUGUCUUGGCUGUCUGAUGCUUGGAGACGACAGGCCAACGGUGGAAACAUGACUGUUGAGUAACAGUUACUUUCUCCGCUCAGUAUGAACAGUGAGGAAGAGUUUUACGACGCUGAGACAGGGCUGGAGUCAGAUGAUUCCUGUGAGGUCAGUUUUAAAGAUGCCCUGGUGUUUGACAGUAAGCGGGCCAAACCGGAGAAUGGAGUGUGGGAGCGCAGGAAAACCCUGCCUGCUGAAAUGAUCUCCAGAAACGACUUCAGUGUGUGGAGUAUACUGAAGAAAUGCAUUGGCAUGGAGCUGUCCAAAAUAGCGAUGCCGGUUGUGUUUAACGAGCCGCUGAGCUUCCUUCAGAGAAUCUCGGAGUACAUGGAGCACGCUCACCUCAUCCACAAAGUCUGCAGUUUGUCUGACUCAAUAGACCGAAUGCAGGUUGUUGCUGCGUUUGCUGUUUCGGCUGUAGCAUCUCAAUGGGAAAGGACUGGAAAGCCAUUUAACCCUCUACUGGGGGAGACGUAUGAACUCACAAGAGAGGACGAGGGAUACAGAUUGAUCUCUGAGCAGGUGAGCCACCACCCCCCAGUCAGUGCCUUCCAUGCCCAGUCUCUGAAACAAGAGUUUGAGUUUCACGGCUCCAUUUACCCGAAACUCAAGUUCUGGGGCAAAAGUGUGGAGGCUGAGCCCAAAGGCACCAUGACGCUGGAGCUACUGAAACAUAAAGAAACGUACACAUGGACCAACCCAAUGUGUUGUGUGCAUAACAUCAUACUGGGAAAACUCUGGAUUGAGCAAUAUGGAACGGUGGAGAUAGUCAACCACAGCACUGGAGAUAAGUGUGUGUUGAACUUCAAACCGUGUGGAAUGUUUGGGAAAGAGCUGCACAAAGUUGAGGGUCAUAUCCAAGACAAAAGUAAGAAGAAGCACAGAGUGAUCUACGGGAAGUGGACGGAGUGCAUGUACAGCGUGGACCCCAAGGUUUACGAAGCGCACAAGAAGUCAGACAAGAAGACGGGGGAAGACUCCAAAAAGCUGAAACGGGAACAUAGUUCUCAAUCUGAGGAGGCAGAUGAGAUGCUAGAAGUUCAAGAGACUGUGACUGUGAUACCAGGAAGUGCCUUACUGUGGAGGAUAGCGCCGCGGCCUGCUAAUUCAGCACAGGUCAAUAUCACACUCGCACUGAAGACACAAAGAAGAUGUGCUCAACCGUUACAGCAUCCGAUGUAUAACUUCACCAGCUUUGCCAUGACACUAAACGAACUGGAGCCCGGCAUGGAGAGACUACUGGCACCGACCGACUGCCGGCUUAGGCCCGACGUCAGAGCCAUGGAGAAUGGAGACAUAGACUCGUCAAGUACAGAGAAAGAGCGGUUAGAGGAGAAACAAAGGGCCUCACGCAGGGAACGCUCCAUGGAUGAGGAGGAGUGGUCAACCAGGUGGUUUCAGCUGGGAACAAACCCUCAUACUGAAGCUGAGGAUUGGCUGUACACAGGUGGAUAUUUUGACAGGAAUUACACGGAUUGUCCCAACGUUUAUUGACCCAGGAGGAGGUGUUCGGUUUGAAGAUUUCCUCCUCUCUGAUAGGAUUCACUUUAUUUCUCUACAUCAAUCGUUUGUGAUGUCCAGACGCUCACAGGUACUGUGUCUUUGUUUGAAUCCAUGAAAAGCUGAUAUCAAAAUGUUAUCGGUUUGUCCACAGGAGAAAUGUUAUAUUAAGAAUUUUAGGGUUUUUAGAGUUUACUUACUGUAAAUGUUGACAUCUUUAUACGCCCUAAUCAUGACAAUAAUAGUCUACCUGUCUGUCACUGACCUGUGUGGGUUUUUAAACCAGUCGUGUGUGUGUGUGUGUGUGUGUGUGUGUGUGUGUUUGUGUGUGUGUGGUUGUGUGUGUGUGGUUGUGUGUGUGUGGUUGUGUGUGUGUGGUUGUGUGUUGAUGUUGCUGCUGCCGGACACAAAACUUCUAGAGGUUAUAUUCUCAGUUUUAGUUCAGGUACUCGACCGUAAUCUUACCUGUAGACGUACCACACACUUCUUGUCCCGUUGCAUUCAAAUAUCAGGGGUUAUUUAAACACAUCUGCUACUUUUUUUUUAUCAAUAUAUAACCUAUUUGAAUACUCCAUGUACAUUUUAGUUCCCUGUAAGCAUCCAUAAAGUGUCAUACAUUUUCUGUGAAUAGAGACUUGCAGUAGAGAUGAAAGCUGCUUAUAACCACGUUUACGUCACAGUGAACGUAUUGUUGGUACAUUAUAUUGUUGUCCACUGUAACAUAGAUGAUGUGUAUAAUAACUGGUGCAUGCAUGUUCGCCAAGAUGAUUAUUGACACAAUGUUAAAGCCAUAAAAACGUUUUUCUGCACUGAGUAUAAUGCUGUAAAUGGAUUCACAUAAGACGUUAAAGCAGAAGUCAACAGAGCAUUUCGGUUUCCAGCAGAAGGUUUCCAAAGUCUGACACUAUAAGAAACACGUUGAACCAACAGUCGAAAAAAUAUGAAUCAAAAGAUCACGUUAUUGUACUUUUAAACUCUUAUUAAUAUUAUUUGUCUUACUUAAGACAAACUAACUAAACAAGAAGUGUAAUGUUUCCCUGGACUCAGUUGGGUAGUUACCUGUUUUUUGUUGUUGUGCGUUUUAUAAGUUUGUAUUUGUUUAUUUUGGCAGGUUGGCGCCAUUAAAAGUUUGCCGAAUUAGCUGUUAGCAGUUCCUGUUUGAAAUGUGCCCAUAAAAUGUACAGACAACUAUCGCUGGAUGACUGUGAUUCUGAAGAAAAGUAAAACACGUGAUGAUUCUCAGGCCAGUCCUGGAGUUAUAAAGAUAAUCCUCGAUUUUGAUUAUUUCUAAGGGGACUUUUGGACGUUUAUUUAUUUGCGAGAUAAUGACUGCAAGUCACGCCGAAUCUAAAAACGAGUUAUGACUCUGAGAAGGAAUUUUGAGUCAAAUUGCGGCUCACGUCUUUCCCUCCGCGGCCCGCUGUCGAGGCACAGCUCAAGAACCGUUUGUAUAAAGAGAACGGACUGAUUAUAGCGGUUUGUCUUCACACAUGGACAAGUACCUGACUGUUUGUAGAGUUCACAUUUUGAUGCCCUGAAACAUAUUUUACCAUCAGUGAAAGCUGUGCUUUUGGACUAAGCAGCAGUAAAAACAAAACACAAUGUAUUUUUUAAACGGGACACUGUAGCCAUCAUAAACCUAUGCAAAAAGAUCCGUCCACUCUGCCCUCCUGAAAUGUGAAAACUGCUCUUUAGCUUGUAGCCAGUGUGUGCUUCAGCUGCUUCAGAGGCAGCGGUUAAUGAAUGUUGUGUGCUGAUGAUAUAACGUUUACUUACGUAGAGCAGUUGUUAGACGGUAUAUAUAGAUGUUUGUUUGUGUUUUAAGGCACUAACAUUGCAUAAACUGCACAUUUGUAUGCUCAUAGUCCAGUGCACAUAUUGUACAGUGAAAAUAUAUUCUACAUCCUGUCGUCCCCCAGCUCCUCUCCACUUUACUCUGGAUUCAAAGCACUUUGUGAUGCCGGCGCACACUCAAAGGUUCACUUCUAUGGUUCCUCUGAUCUCUCACUCUUUUUACUGCCUUGUGUCAUCUAGCGUCCAUUUGAAAAUGUUUACAUUGUAUGUUCAUUCCCCCCCAUACUGUUAUCUACAUACAACCAUAUGCAAACAUGACAUAUUUGAGAAAUAAAUGAUGGACUGUUGAAAUUA